AUGCCCGUGUCCAACGCCGACAUCUCCAUCCUCCCCAUCGGACGACUGCAGGGGGGUCCUCUCAACCCCUUUGAGCAGGACGUGGCCAAGCAGGCACUGCAGGAGGCUCUGGAUAAAGGCGAAGUGACACAAAAGGACGUCGACCUUCUCAAGCAGGCGACCACUUGGAUCCCGCUCUGUUCCUCGAUUGGCGGUCUCUCCGGCGUUCCCCUCUACAUCAUGCUGCGUAGCGGGCCCCGCAAGCGCCCGAUGCUCUGGUCGCUCGCGGCUUCCACCAUGGCGAGCUUCUGCGGCUCCUUCCUCGGCUUCAUCGCCGGCGGAAUGGGUGUGACCAUGUCGAUUAACAACAACAUGGACGACGCGCACGAGAAGCUCCGUACGUUCCAGGACAUUGCCGAGACGGCGCGCGACGGCAUCAUCCAGGUGCGCGAAACCGGCACCGUGCCAACAUGGUACCACCCGCGCGCGAUCGGCGUGCCCAGCGGCAUGUCGUCCAAGACGCUCCCGGACGGCUGGGCAGGUUCCGACUCGGGCUCUGCGUCCACCUCGUCUGCUGCUUCGUCGUCGCCUUCUUCUGCGUCUUCGUCUUCGUCCCCCGACUUCACCGCCGGUUCGUCUCAGACCGAGGCUCUGUUGCGGCAAAACGCGCUGGACAAGGAGGAGCGCCAGGAGCAACAAGACCUGGCCAAGGCCCAGGCCGAGUUUGACGCCAUGGUCGAACGCGAGCGUAAGGGCGGUGACGACUUGGACACGUACAAGUAA